GCAGGGUAGUGUGCCUGCCUGGGGAAACGAAGGCAUUGGGAUGGAGCUGGGGGAAGAGCCAAUGGUCUCUGGGCUCCAGGGCUCCAGAAAAAGCACAAUCCAAGGAGAGCCCUGCACAGGUCCAGGAAUGAACAAUAUCAGAACUCCUGAUUUUAUUCCAGGAAGUGAUAGCAACAUCAGUGAAAAUGAGGAGGAAAUACAUAAUCAAAAAGAUCUUGAGCAAGAUGAGUUAUUGCAAGUAGCUGAAGCCCAGAGUCCUGGCUGGAGGAAAGUCAGGCCAGAAAGGCAGCAGAGGAAGAAAGGCACUCAAUCCACUCAUCAAGCAAAAGGGUCUAAGAAGAAACUAAAUGUCACCCUUAAACGACAGAAAACCCCCAGGGAAGAGAGGCCAUACAUAUGUACAGAAUGUGGGAAAAGUUUGAAGGGGAGUUCAACUUUCUUCAACCAUCUGAAAAUCCACACAGGAGAAAAACCAUUUGAAUGUACCAAAAUCCAUACAGGAGAGAGACCCUAUAAGUGUAAAGACUGUGAGAAAAGCUUUGGCCGGAGCUCAAAUCUCAUGGCACACUAUAAAACCCACAUGAAAAUGAAAUCCUAUGCUUGUGCUGCAUGUAGCAAAAGCUUCACUUGCAGCUCAGCCCUUGUCCGGCAUCAGAAAACCCACACGGAAGAGAAACCUUACAAAUGUACUGAAUGCAGGAAGAGCUUCCGUCUGAGCUCAAACUUCAUUAAACAUCAGAAAGUCCAUGUGAGAGAGACGUCCAGUGAAUGUGCAACAGUAUGUCAUGAGGAACAACAAAGUGGUGAUGCAGAGCAAGUAGCAAUGGACCGGUCAAGACUUAUAUUUGAAGAGUUGAGGAGAAUGAGGGAGAACAUGGAUAUGCUUCUUCUGAAUCAGCAAAGUCAGCUACAGGUCCUGCAAGAGAUUCAGAAACAGCUUAAUGUCCUCCUCCCGGGUAAUGAUCUCAUUAAUUCCAAUGUAUACAAUUUGGGACUUCUCUUGGGCCAGCAGGCUGCUGCUGUGGCCUCUUUGCCUUUUCCCCUUCUUCUUAAUCCUAGUAACCUUCUCCCAGAAAUCGCCCGGCCUUUCUCUUCUCAAAUUGCAUCCCAGGCAUCUACUUCUGAAACCCUCGCUACCACACCACGUCAGCCUCCCGCUGCUCCAACAACUGCCUGAUCCAUCUUCCUCGUACUGUAAACGUGGCAAACAAAGCAUUGCUAUAUGUGGCUAUCCUUCUGACUUACACCCCACUAAGGCAAACAUGGUUUUUAUACUGUGUAGUUAAGUGAGAGGCCUUUCAAGUGCUAUAGAACUGACCCUGCCCUCAGCCAUCUUUUACUGUGAUGUAGUCAGCAAACUUAGAGGAUCAAAUCAUUCCCACAUCUGCUUACUCUAGUAAGUGGCUUAACACCAAGCAUGGGUUUGGACCAGGCACCCUCUGUUAAAGUUGUUCUGUAUGGGGAUGCAGCUAAGCAUACUUGUCUGAGGUACUCUGAGAGAUGUCCCGAACAGUAUAAGGUGUAUUUAAAUGGCCUUUGAGAUGACUUUUAGAUGCACCUUGUUGGUGCUCUCUUCAUUGCAGCUUGCUACUCCUAAAUGACCCUUGAUGCUUAUGCUCUUAAAUGAGGUGAAUUUAGCUAAGGGGUUCUUAAAUGUCUCUAACCAUGGGUCUCAAAAUGAAGGUGUCUUCACAUAAUUCACUUAACUAAGGCUUCCUUAAUUCAGGUGGAUUUAAAUAAAGUGACCUGAACUGAUUCCCACUUAAGAUCCCUGCUGACUGGCCUCUCUAAUAAAGCUAUAAAUUGGAUGCUGUUGCUUGGUCUCCAAAACUUCUCCCAUGAGAAAAGGUUUAUAAACCUGCAUUAGUUUUAAUAGAGUACUCUAGUUUGUGUUCAAAGUGUUAGCACAGCUACAGUUAAUCUAUUUAAAUGUCAUACUUUCCUGUAUGAAAAAUGUGGUGCUUGUUAAUGUGUAAGUAGGUAUUUAAAACUCUUCGAAGUAGUUAAUUAGGGGUUGGAUGGCUGAGGCACAGUGCCUCCUAGGAAGAGCAGGCUCAGUUUUACCCUUUAAAGCUCUGAUCCAGUGCCCUUUGAAUUCAGUGGGAGUUGCCUCUGGCUCUAAGGGGGUUCAUAGCUCUAGCCCGUCCCUUUUUUUUUGGUAAAGAUGUGUUCAGAUGACACUUCUUCCAUAUAUUGCUGUUUGUUUUAUACGGCUAGAUUUCACUUCCUUACUCAUGUUGAGGAGCACGUCAGGUCAGGAGUGACCCCACAGGUGCAACUCAGUCUAGUCCACAAUCUAUGGAUUAGAUUCUGUUGCCCUAACUCAUACUAAUAUAUUGUCUUUGAAUUAUAAACAUAAGUUGGUUAUGACUGCAUAUGGUUUGUGUGGACCCUCUUAAAUCAGUUUCUUUAAAAUAAGUCCAUUCUUUACUGACUUGUUAUAGAAGUGGCUUUCCUUCGAGUGGUGAACACAGGGGUUUUUAUCAGCUUAACUAAAAAGGUCUUAGUACAAAUUCACAUCAAUCGGCCAUUGCCAAGCAGUCCAUCUUUUGUGAGUUAAGCAUAUCCUUUUUGAAGUGUGUAAAGCUGAAUUUUAUGACUCUACAUGUUCCUCUGAUUGCUGUCUGUAUAGUGAUUCUGACCCUUAACUUUCUUUUUUUGAAAGAAAAUGUUUUUUUUAAUAAUGGUUCUCACUUAGGUGUUUUAAA